AAAACUUGGUUUCCGAAAGGGACCAUAAAUGGUUCUUGACAUUUUGUGACAGUUAAUUGCGACUUAGUGAAUAUAAGGUGCAUUCAUAUUGCCUGUUUUUCAACGUCUGGGGUGAAAUACAAGAACAAUUUUGGAUUUCUUACUUUUCUAUCGUCUGAUGAAUUGGUGCCUCAACACCCUUUGGAGCCAACUUUUUAGUUUACUCUGGUCCAACUUCCCCAUCACCAUUGCGAGCUAUGCUACCCUCCUCUGCCUCUCUGCCUCCAUCAUCUUCCCGCUGUAUUUCCUCAAAGAUUCAAGAUACCACGGAGAGAGGCGGGAUCACCACAUUGUGUCCACGGUCUUCUCCUGCUUAGCCGCUGUUGCGUACAUGGGUGAGGUCAGUCUGACCAAAGCAAGACCAGGAGAGGUGGCAGGCUACAUGGCUACAGCCCCAGGCCUGCUGAAGGUGUGUCAAACAUUUGUGGCCUGUGUGAUCUUCAUCCUGAUCAGUGAUCCAGUGUCCUAUAACCAGCACGCAGCACUGAAGUGGUGCAUGUCUGUGUACUGUAUCUGCUUCAUCCUCUCCAUGGCGGUGGUUGUGCUGUGUGUGGCGGAGUGGACCAGCUGCCUCCCGAUCCCCUUCUCUAAAUUCCUGUCAGGAUAUGCCCUCCUGGCUAUGAUCAUGUACCUGACAGCGACAAUUAUUUGGCCAAUCUUCCAGUUCGAUAAGAAUCACGGGAGGGGAAGUUCUUCAACGAGCCUCAUCACAGCUUCGGUGCUCACAGCUCUCAACUUCCUGCUCUACCUUGCUGACCUGACUUACACCACCAGACUUGUGUUUGUCAGCUCCUAACCAGGAAAUCUUUCAGCAUGGAUCAAAUGAGAGCUCAUAACCAUUGGGAUUAUUUAACUAAAUCCUGGCUCCAUGAAGAUCUGGGAUGUUCCAUGGGAGGUGAGGUGAUGCUCUUCAUGUUAGCUCCGUACAGUUGAGGUGAAUACACUGUUCUCUUUAUUGUUCUGUUGUUGUGUGCGCAUGUGUUGAAAGUAUGUCUUCAUCGACCCCAAGUGUGAAUUUUUGUGUGUUGCUUUGUAGCAUUUUCCUUCUGGCGCAGUCUUGUUGUAUUAAUCAUCAUUCUUUUGAUAAAUAUGUCCAACAUGAAUAAAGUAAUGGUGAAUCAUGUCCAAGCUGAAGUAGUAUUCAUGAAUAUAAGACACAUUUGCAGGAGAUGUAAGUGUUGGAAUCCAGACAUUGUUGAGACCGGAGCAUAUAGAGACAAAGACCAGUGAGGGGCCGAAACCAAGAGCUCAAACUGACCAAGACUAUAUUCGGUUCAGACUCAGCUGCUCACCAAGCUGCUGCAUUUGAAACUGUAGCUUUGUUGCAGCACCCCCUAGUGGCAAAACAAAUCCCAUUGAACUUGUGAAUUGCAU